GUUUCUCGUGAGCCCAUUUCUCUCGGCUGUAAAAGUGCACAGUCUGUCAACUGAAAUGCAAAUAGCCCUUCUGCGUGUAUCUGUCUCGAUACGUUAUCUUCAUGUGGGGGUGGGUAGCGUGACCUACGGCUAUCCAACUCCACUAAAAUCCGUUUAUGUGUAACGUUCACUAGCGAUCGUUCGCCCUGAAUGAUUGCUCAACAUUCAUCUCCGCCGCACCGCGAACACACGAGGAGAACGACACCCGUAACGAUCACCAGAGCAAUCCUCUGGCGGCUCUUAGCGCCAAAGACCGUUUGUUUUGGCACCCCAGGGAAGUGGGUUUUACAACCGCUGUUUUAAGCCCUUUUAGACAGUCAUGUGAUUGUAACGUAACCCGACCGGAAAACACCGACGACCAUCGCCGCCAAUGCUGCGUUUGAGAGGAACAGAGCAGCUGCGAGCCCAACGGACAAGUCUCCCGGUAACAGACAACAACUCGAGGACUCCACACACUUACGCGGAGGAAAGGUGGAAGUAUGGAGCUGGCCAAUCAUGGUCUUAUCCUUCUGCAGCAGCUCAACGCACAGAGGGAGUUUGGCUUCCUGUGUGACUGCACAGUCGCCAUCGGCGAUGUCUUUUUCAAAGCACACAAGGCCGUGCUGGCCGCAUUCUCGAACUACUUCAGAAUGCUAUUUAUACACCAGGACAGUGACUGUGUUCGUUUGAAGCCUGCUGACAUUCAGCCCGACAUCUUCAGCUACCUCCUCAAUCUGAUGUACACCGGAAAACUGGCGACACAGCUUAUCGACCCAGCUCGCCUGGAGCAGGGCGUCAAGUUCCUCCAUGCGUACCCUCUCAUUCAGGAGGCAAGUCUGGCUAGCCAUGCGACUCAUGCCCACCCCGAGGUCAGCCUUCCCCUGUCGUCCUCUCUUUAUGGCAUUCAGAUAUCAGACCAACAGCCCACACUCACGAACCGCCCCUCAGCGAGAACACAUCUCUCUUCGACGUUCGACUCGGAGGGUGGCGGUUUGCUCGAUGUCAAGUGCAUUACCACAAACAAAGCUACCUCACUGACUCAGCCUGUGUCCAAGCACAGGCAAGCUCUGUCAGAAGCGGAGAUGGAAGCGUCCGCGAGCAUCAGUCAGUUUGUGAGGGAAGGUGGCGAGAUGGAAACAUCUGCAAGUGAGGCCCCAUCUUGCUCCUUGAGCACCAACACCAUUCGGCAUGUGAAGCCCAGCAUCAUGAGAAGAAGUUCCUCUCUGAGGAAGCAUUAUACGUGCCAUGUAUGUGGGGGUCGCUUCACCCAGCGAGGAGCCUUACGAGAGCACCUGCUUCAACACACUCAGGCUAUGCUCCCCCUGGUGUUGGAGUCCGGUGGUGCGGCUUCCCCCAUGCUGACUGGAGGUGCCGCCACACCAGAGGUGGAGGAAGUUCUCAGAGGAAGCGAAGCCGCUGCAGCCACUCCCAUCAUCGUGGACGGUGCCAGUGACAGUGAGCAACAUGUGUACUCAAGAGACUCACCUCAUCCUGAAACAGCUAUGCCUGUCCCAACGACAACUGCAGUCAGCCUGUGCAUGGCGCAGCCCCAGGCUGACACUCCACCUCCAUCCGAUAUCGCUGAUAUCGACAACCUAGAGGGUGCAGCUGACAUGGAGCGGGAAGUGAAGCGGAGGAAAUAUGAGUGCUCCACUUGUGGCCGCAAGUUCAUCCAGAAGAGCCACUGGAGAGAGCACAUGUACAUCCAUACGGGAAAGCCGUACCGCUGCAGCGCUUGCGGCAAGAGCUUCUGUCGGGCCAAUCAAGCGGCCCGGCACGUUUGCAUGAAUCUGGGCUCAGAGCCAGCAUACACCAUGGUAGACCGACAGAGCAUGGAGCUGUGCGCCGCGGACGACUCCAGCCAAAUGGAGGCGCUGUUUCUCGGCUCUUCUGGGAGACCGUACAAAUGCAAUGUGUGUGAAAUGACCUUCUCCAGCCCCAAUGAGGUGAUCAAGCACCUGUGCUUCAACCAGGGUGCGCUCUCAGUUGGAGCGGCUGGAGAAAUGGCCAUCAGUGGGCUGAACAGUGACAGCCUGGCCAAAGACGAAGGCUCGGAUUCAUCCAGUGGUGGGCCGUUGACAACGCCCAUCAAAACUGAGGAAGUCUUUGUGGAAUAGCUUUGCAUUCAUCCACUUCAAAGUAUCGUUUCUUUUAAUGUAUUGCGUUUCAAUUGUGGGUAAAUUAUGAUCAGAAGUUAAGCUACAGAUGGAAAAUUCUGUUAUAUUGUCUCUUUUUUUCUGGGGAUUUUACUUCUGGAAAGUGCUGAAAUCUACGACUACUUUCAGCUUUUUUAACACUCAUAAAUUUGGUCACUAUAUUUAUAACAGCUUGAAAGCAUAUUUAGUCCAACAAGUCAAAUUCCUGCUUCAUUCUGUAUUUCUUUCAAGGAGUUUAUUAGUUACUUGGGUCAUUUGUUUGGGUAGUUUGUGUUUCUUCCUGUCUAAAAGCAUACAGAAAAAAGGAUGUAGUGAGCUGCUGUUAUCCUGUGUUUGUCACAGUGCA